AUGAAUGCAAGUGAUUUUCAAACCUCUCUAUUUGUAUCGAAUCAACAAAAAUCAAAUAAACGUUCCGACACAUCAUCUAACGAAACUGAUCCACUCGAUAAACAAGAAACAAAACCCGUAUGCACACGUUGUGGUACAACACAUUUAAUUGAUAUCACACAUCACGAAUUUCCUAAACAAAAAGGUUUGAUAUUUGAAUGCAUGUCAUGCGGGAAUAAUUCGCUUCGAUCAAAUGUAUCUGAUGAUGAACGACAACUUCGCUUAGCUAUGGUUGCUGCUGAUCAUCUAAAUAUAACUGAAUGCCAAUUUUGCCAGAAACGUUUUCAUUCGUGCGAUGAUUAUUUGAUGCACUUAAGUAGUGAACAUGCUUCAAAUAAGACACAGUAA